AUGCUAUGGAUUCGUGCACAUAGUUACUCAUUUAAAGUCGUCAACAUUGAUAAGCAAAUUCAGCUUACACUUGGUACAUAUCCAGUACUGUACGAUUCAGUCACUGCAAAAAAGUAUGUUGGAUUUGAAUCCAUUUAUACGUGGACGACACUCAAUAAAUCAAUCGAAGCUCCGUCUGCCAAUACCCUCGCUCUUUUGGCCAACUUUAAAGAAUCAUUCAUUCCUGCAUUUAUGCAUUCGUUAUGGUUAGAUGAUUCAAACAAAGAAAAAUCACGUUCAAUUUGCAACACAUUAAUUGGUUUACCAACAAGUUCAUUCUUUAUUUAUUCAAAACAAAAUUAUGCUCGUACUUGGUUUAAUGUGGCUGCAACAAAAAUAACUUUUCAACAAAUUUCUCAACAGGAAAACCGCAUGUAUGAGAAAGCUGAACAAUGUCUUGAUUUAAUUGAAAAAGAAUUGGUUCAAAACAAUGAUCACUAUGUAUUCGGAGAAACAUUAUUUAUAGGUGUACCAUUUAAAAUAUUUGAUUAG